AUGAGUUAUUCUAUUAAAAAAUAUCUUAUUGUUAUUAUUACCAUUUUAAUAAUAAUAAAUGCCCAAUUUAUCUGUAAACAUCAUGGUGACUGCCCAGAAAUGACUGGUUGUGUAGUGGAUGGUUUUGGUUCAUAUUGUGCCCAUACCUGUACAAAUAGUGGAACCACAAAUGGAGGAUGUUACAUCAAUGAGAUGUGUAAAAGAAUAGUUGAUUCAGAAAAAAAUGAAGCAUACGUUUGUACUAGUACUUCUACAUAG